AUGGACGCCGCCAAGGAACGGAAUACCAAGAGGGAGGAGGAGGAUACCACAGCGAAACCGUCCAAGAUUUCAAGCCUGUUUCCCGAUUGGUUGGUUUGGUACAAGAAACCGGAGUACAGGGACUUCAAGGAGUAUGCCACCGCCAUCCGGACCGGAAGAAGACCCUUGAGCAGGGACGGGAGAGACAAGAGUCCAAUUCCAGCACGGUUGAGUUUGGAGAGGGUUUUGAAUAACCAGACCUGCUCGCCAAUGUCCUUGUAUGACUUCUACAUGUACCUCAAGUACAUCGAAUUCUCGCCCGAGAACCUCGAGUUCUUCGUCUGGUUCCGCAACUAUGAAGGAUCGUACGCCAAGACUGGAAGUCUCAACAACUUCCCUAUAGAGAAGGAUAUCGACCAGUCGUCUUCAUCACGAGACAGUAUGGCAGACAGUGCUGUCGAUGCAGCGGGAAUCAAGCUUCCUUCCAUCCAGAUGUCCGAGUUCGAGUGUGACCCCGAAGCAGCCAACGAGACAAUGACCAACAUUGUUCAUCUCAUCGCCCCGGAAGCCGCAUGCAGACCCAACAGCAAAGUCGGCCCGAACGGUCGCGACCGCAUCAAGUCAUGGGCCAAUGCCUGCGCGAAGCCAAUUUGCGCAAACAACGUUCCAGCCGUCAUCCCGACCCGUAUCGCCCCGAACUCGGCAUACCGCGUCGAGCUCAACGCCGUCGUGAACACAUUCCUCGUCCCUGGAGCCGAGAAGGAGCUCAACAUUCCGCCUGCGCUUCGCGAUACCGCCCUUCUCAACCUUCAGCACUCCUCCGACCCGAUCCACCUCAAGCCAAUCGCAGAUCACGUGUACGGACUUCUGAAGAACUGCUCCCAUCGCAACUUUGUCCGCCUCGGUGUCUCCAACGGAACCUUCGAGACUCUCUGCAUGGCCACCAGCGUCGGCAUUGCCCUCACUAUCGGCGGCUUCCUUUGCGUGCUCCUCAAGGCCUUCGUUCCCUUCAUGGGCGCCAACAGCAGAUGGAACGCCUUCGCCCCUUGGCCAAUGUGGUUCGUCGGCAUGUCCCUCAUCUUCUCCGGUCUGCGAGGUAGCUGUUUCUUCCUGUUGCUCUUCACGAGACGUCAGCCCCUACCCUGGGAACGCUUCGACGACAGCGCCUCUCUUCUAUCGCAACGUUCUGGUCUCAUGAAGUUUGUGUCACGAAUGAUGAUCUUUGAUCGUAAGAUUCGCGUCAAGGAUGUCCAUUUGCGCAGGCUGCAGCACAAGAUUGUCCUUCAGGCCAUGGUCGGUGGCGCGAUCUUUGCCUGUUUAAGCACGUUGAUUUUCAUUUUCCUACCGGUGUGGUCGCAGACAGUAGUGCCCCAUAUGUAA